AUGGGUUCAUCUUUCCUAGAGGUUCUGCAUGAUCCUCUUACCCGCAAGCUACUCGGCUUCGAUGCUAUUCACGCCGAGAAGACUCCGUUCAUCAGUGGCGUCACCUCGAGAUUGAAGUUUCUUCUCAACGAUGCAACAAAUCAUCUCUCUUUUCUCAAGAUCGGCUAUACGGCUCUCGAGGCAUUCUUGCAAGCAAAUUGCACUGGUCCGCCGCUUGACUUCAACCCGGAAGAAUCUAUCUUCCCAGAAACAUACUGGGAAGGUGGUCUCAAACCGCUCAAGGACGAGAUCUUCCAGUAUCUCGCUGUUGACGGUAGCGGGCCAUAUUCACUGACUCCACACAUUGAAUUGUUUUGGCUGGCCAAGGUAGUCGCUUCGAACAACACGCUGGCAGAAGCAGGCUUCAACGGUCGUCGAGCCCGUCUUAGAGUCAACUUCUGGCAUCAAAAGCUCCUUUCGGAAGAAUCUCCAUCCCUUCGCAGUACUCUAUACUCGGAUGCCGAAGUCCUCGAACAUCAACUCUCAUCACGAUUGGCAUAUGGCGGUGCAGCGGCAGAAGAACACUUUGUCGAGUUCCUCGUUGAACGAGCCGUCGUCAGAACUCACUACGGUGAUGAUCAACUCGCCAGGGUCGACCUGGCUCAAGCAGCAACCACAAGACAAUUCCAAUUCGCCUUGUCUGGCGCUCUGGGCAAGCGUACAAAAUUCCAAAAUCGUGAUAUCACUCAAUUGGUCGUCCUCGCAAAGAGCAGAGAUCACGAGCCAGAGCCUUAUAGCAGUCGAAAGUCCAGUAGGGCGGAAGGCAUGGAUUCAAGAAAAGCCAGCGCCGUCGAUUUGUCCACGCCUACAGGUUCACGUUACCCAUCAAGACCGAAGAGUCCAAUCCCGCCCACAAGCCCUACGCCCACCUCGACCGGGUUCCCUUUCCGCUCGGCAACGCCCACGCGGCCGCCGACUGAUCAUCACGAACAUCUCUCUCCACUGGCCAAUCCCCCUACACAGCCGGAGAACCUUCUUCUGAAUGACGAUACCCUCCUCGAGCGAAUCCAUUUCAAGCAGACAUUGGCACCAGUUUCUUCCGACAACAUGACUCAAGUCAUAUCCUCAGAAUCAGGUCUUCCACCACAGCUAGCGGCGCUCGACCCAGCCAACCAGCCCAUUCUAUUUCCGAUGGACAGCAUCAUCCUCCUAGCGACGGCAAGCAGUAUCUCAAAUACCUCACCAAUUGAUGGCCUCAUAAGAGAAGAAACCCUUCCCUACGCCACGAGAGUCCUCGAUGGUGGAUCGAGUAAUUGGCAAGUCUACACGCAGGCACUGCUCGUUCGAAGUCGAAUCGAGGGGUACAAGUCCCGGACGAUGGAGAGAGGGUUGCUCCAGCUUCAAGCCGUAGUCGAUCAGGUCAUCGCCGAAACAUCCGAACAGACUCACCCUCCCGGAUCUCAAUCCGUAUCUGCUCCAUCGGUUACAGAACCUACCUCAAACCCUUCAUCGACAACAGCAACAGCAAGUACAUUCCUCCCGAAAGCACCCGCAUCCGAGUCCGCGUCUGUGGCUGAGCGACUCAGGUACGUCUACCAGCUUUCGCCUCCACUGAGAUGGGAACUUGAAGCCGAGCUUGCCGCGCGUUGGACACACAUGGGUGGGCUCAAAACGGCGCUCGAGAUCUACGAACGCCUGCAGAUGCACGCUGAAGUUGCACUGUGUCUCGCCGCGACCGAUCGCGAAGGCGAAGCCACCAAAAUCCUGAAAUCGAUUCUCUUCGAAGACAUGGACAUUCCCGAAAACCAAGGAAAUACCACCCACGAUCCUCAAUCUCCAACCCUCAAGCUCCGCACAUCCCCACCACCCACCGACGCGCCCCGCCUGCUCUGCAUCCUCGGCGACAUCACAACACACGCCGCAUACUACGACCUCGCAUGGACCGCUUCCGGGAAUCGAUACGCACGGGCGCAGCGCUCCCUCGGCCGACAAUACAGCAAGAAGCGCGACUUCGCGGCCGCGGCGCACGCAUAUACGCUUGCGCUAGGCGUUUCACAGAUCGACCGCGGCAGCUGGUUCGCGCUCGGCUGCGUGCAGCUCGAGCUGGAGGCGUGGCAGGGGGCGGUGGAAAGCUUCACACGCUGCGUGCAGCUCGACGACGACGACGGCGAGUCCUGGAGUAAUAUGGCGGUGGCGUUGUUGAAGUUGCCGUUUGUCCCUCCGCAGGAGAAAGGGGAUACUGAGGCGGUUGGCGUUCAUGCUGAACAGAGGCAUGACCACGACGAUGAAGCCAUCGAAGACGAAGAUGAAUCGUUCGACCCACUCACGGCAACAAAACAGCAGCAGCGCGAACGCCGACAGCAGCAGGGACCAUACGCGAAUGUAUUCUCGGCGCUGCGUGCCCUGCGGCGGGCGGCGACCCUCAAGCGCGACGAUGCCCGUGUCUGGGACAAUUACCUGACGGUCGCGGCGUCGAUUCCGCCCAGCGCAGGCACACCGUGGAGUGAGAUCAUCCAGGCCAUGGGCCGGGUGAUUGAGCUGCGCGGUAAACGAGACGGUGAGGGCUGUAUCGAUCUCGCCAUCUACAAGGUACUGGUCGAAUAUAUCACGAACGGGUACGAAUAUCCGGUCACCGACGAGAGCGGUGCUGGUGCUUCCGGCGAUGGUGAUAGUGAAUCCUCUACCGAGGAAGCGGCCCAAAAAGACACCUCCAUAAAACCUGCCGAGCAGCUCCAGACAUCAUCAUCAUCAUCAGAAACAACCACCCCCCAACCAACGCGCCUGCCGCACCUGCCCGCCUCCCUCCUCACAAUGACCGACACACUGAUCCUCCCGCUCGCAACCUCGUCCCCGGACCUAUACACCACGCUCUCGACGCUCUCAACCUGGCGCAACCGACCAUCCCUCUCGCUGACGCAAGCCGAAACCUCGUGGCGCCUGUAUCUCACGCAGACGUCGCCGGCCGAGGACUUCACGACCGUCAGCCAGCCGCAGUGGGACGGCGUCGUCGACAAGACCAUUUGGCUGAUGCAGCGCUAUCGCCAGCUGGGGCCGCGGCAGCGCGAACGCACCGGUGGACUCGUCGAGGAGAAAUGGCGCUUCAAGGCCCGCACUGCCGCGAGACGGGUCUUGGGGAGGGGGAAGGGUGUUUGGGAGGGGAGUCAGGGUUGGGAGAGGUUGAGUGUCGAGCUGGAUGGGUUGAAGGGGGAGGAGUAG